GAGGGUGGGGUUUAUGACACCAGCAGCUUCAGCUUCAGAGGAACUACAGGGUGUAUCGGAACAGGCGAUUAAUGCGUUCCACAAGAUAGCAGACGAGACUGUGGAGGACAAAGUCACCGACACAGGUGGUGCCAGUUUGUCUGUGGGCGUCUUGUGGUGUACCUGAGGGAGACAAUUAGAAAUGGCAGCCAAUAAGAGUAGGGGUCAGAGCUCCCUCGCCCUGCACAAGGUCAUUAUGGUGGGCAGUGGAGGCGUAGGAAAGUCCGCCCUCACACUUCAGUUUAUGUAUGAUGAGUUUGUUGAAGAUUAUGAGCCCACAAAGGCCGACAGCUACAGGAAGAAAGUGGUGUUGGAUGGAGAAGAGGUGCAGAUUGACAUUUUGGACACAGCUGGGCAGGAAGACUACGCGGCCAUCCGGGACAAUUAUUUCCGUAGCGGGGAGGGUUUCCUGUUGGUGUUCUCCAUAACCGAGCACGAGUCUUUCACAGCCACAGUAGAGUUCAGGGAGCAGAUCCUGCGGGUUAAAGCUGAGGAGGAGAAGAUUCCACUGGUUUUGAUUGGAAAUAAGUCGGACCUUGAGGAUCGGAGGAAGGUUUCAGUGGCGGAGGCCAGAGGAAAAGCAGAAGAGUGGGGUGUGCAGUAUGUUGAGACUUCUGCCAAGACAAGAGCCAAUGUGGACAAGGUAUUUUUUGAUCUAAUGAGGGAAGUCCGUGCUAAAAAGAUGUCAGAAAAUAAGGACAAAAACGGUAAGGGAAAAAAUAAGAAGAAUAAGAAGAGCUUCAAAGAGCGAUGCUGUUUACUUUGAACUACACAUGGACUUUUCCUCACCAAAUCUACUUGCAACUCUGCGGGGAAGCUCCAUCAGAGUGCUUUUUCUUUAUUAAAAUAACUUGAUGCGUAAGGUUUUGUACUUGGAGAAGUAAGCCUUUAUCACAAUCUUUUAUUUGCUUAGUUAAUUUCAAACAACUAGAUUUAAGAAUGGGAUACGUACCUUUUAAUGGACAACGAUGACCACUAUAUGGCUACUUGUUAAAGAUGACUGUGGCACUUUAGGACCUUAUUAAAUGUAGUUGGCCAACAUGCGCCCAACACUAACUUUAUAAUAUCUUUCCCUUCCACAGUUUUUAGUUGGUAAAGUUAUCUCUUAGUUUUUUAGUGCACAUCUGCACAUGACCGUAUUUCUGUCAGUUUUUUAUUUUUAAUUUUUCAAAUCUAUCCAUUUUUAUUUCAAUUCCUGCUGACACCAUCAUGGUAUAGAGAGCAAGAAAUGUUUUUGUUGAUAAGGUCAGUACUGUGAUUUUUAACAACCUGUUUUGAAUGAUGCCAUUGAAAAGCACACGUGGUACUGAGGACAGAAUGCGAAGCAUGGAUCAAUAGCGCCACCCGGUGGUUUAAAAGUAUGUCUUUCAGGAAGUCCUCAUGCCUAACUACAAGUCACUAACCUCUGUGAACUUAUCUGCCUUUAUACUUUGGUGUUUUAUUGAAAUAUUUUUGUAAUACUUGUUACAUUUUCGCUCUUAUUCUGCGUGAAAACGUGCCAACAAGCAUCAUGACUUUGCCGCAUUUUCAGACUGAUCAUGAGACACAUUUUAUUUAGUGUUUGUUUAGCACUCUGAGCUUUUAACCUGCGAUUUCAUCAGUCAUUGAAAUAACGGCUCUUUUAUACAAAUAUCACCUAACCUAAACUGCUAUUUGUAUUGUAGUUUUCCACUGCUUUUAGAAGAAUAAUGUCAAGUAUGUUGCCAAAUAAACAUUUUUCCUCCUUUGUA